AUGACAACUGUGCGGUCACACGGCACCCUGAUGGGAAGGACGAUGUAUAGUGGGGCAUCGGCCAUAAGAACAUUAGGACGCGCGACGUUCGAGGAGAUAACGGACAAAGCUGACUCCGAGCAAUUGGAGCUCAUGAAGGAGCAGAUUGUGCAGGUCAAUGAGCAGGACAAGGUGGUGGGUCCCAUUAGCAAGAAAAAUGCGCAUAUUUACGAUGGCGUACUACACCGCGCUUUCAGCGUCUUCGUCUUCAACUCGAGAAACGAGCUGCUAAUCCAGAAGCGUGCAUGCAAGAAGAUCACUUUUCCUGGAUUUUGGGCGAACACGUGCUGCAGCCACCCACUCUUUACUGAAGGUGAGCUUGAAGAUGGCGUAGGCGUAAAGCGUGCCGCUAUUCGUAAGCUCGAACAUGAACUCGGCAUACCUGCCUCCACGUUUUCCGUCGAUGACCUGGCUUACGUCUCCACAGUCAUGUACAAGGCCUCAUCUGACGCCAACUGGACCGAGUACGAGAUGGACCAUAUCCUCUUUGCGCGCGCUGAACUGUCUUUGGACAAAUUGAAUCCAAACGAGGUGGAGCAAGUGGAGUGGGUUGCGCGUACAGAAUUGCCAGCACUUCUUGGAAGUUCCGUACGAAAACUCUCGCCGUGGUUUCACCUUAUUGGUACAAAUUUGCUGCCGCGUUGGUGGGACGACUUGGACGCUGUCUUAGAGAAGGACAACACCGAUCGCAAGAUUUAUGACUAUCGUUAG